GAUGUGUCCAAUGGGGCCUCGCCACGUGUUGCGUCAAGGACACAAAAGCCCUAGGGCAAGGAAGAGCUCCAAGCUCGCGCGAUGGCGUACGUUGCUGGAGGGUCAUUGAAGAACAAGCGCCCAUGGAGCCUCAGCCUCCUCGCGGACUACUUUUGGGGGAUUUUGGCCUUGAUUCACACCUUCUUGCUCACCUUGUUCUCUAAGGACGCAUCAGAUCAAUACGGCAGGACGAGACGAUCAAGCGGAGGAAGUAGAGGAGGGUGGGGUGGUGGCGGCGGUGGUGGUGGCGGUGGCGGUGGUGGUGGCGGAGGCAGACGGGGUGGACUAGACAACAUCCGGGGCAUUGAUCACAGUGCACCCACUAGAGGGUGUGGGUCGUGCUGUGGAUUAUGAGACCCGACAAUGGUGGUGUCCAUAUGUCUCUUUCAAAAGCAACACGAAAGUCCGGAAUGGAUCUAUCUAUGUAUCUUGGCCAAAGCCUUUUCCACACAUUUUAACAAAUAAAAAAGGAGAAAACCAAGAAA